AUGAGACCUAAAACGAGGACUUGUUUCAAGAAAGAGAGAACUCUACAAGAAUAUAUCAACCAUGGAGACCUAGAAGCUCAAUGGGAUUGUGAAGACUGGCACGGCCGCCGCAAGAUUGACGGUUCAUCGACCACUACACCGACCUCGGACUUGGGCCUGACAAUGAAUAAAGAGAAGG